CCGAGCGGAGCUGCGCUUCAAAACCAGCCGCGCUUUUGACAAACGGCCGCACGUCCACCGCACGCUCCAUCUCUAUUAUCAUAGGCCUGUUCUUUUUGUUUUAUUUCUUGAUACUGCUCGUGCGGGCUUGAAUCGCUUCUUUGCGCGCAAUUCCUUUUUUUUUGCCCUCCGGCCGGUAUCUACAUUUGCCUGCAGUCUUGCUUGUUGCCUUGCGCCAACGGAUCUGUCUCACCACCGUCCUAGCAUCUCGAGACGACGACCUCCCCGCGCGCCUCCCUCGCACCGGAGCACUGACGUAUACAGACUCGCCCUGGGCGCGCUUACUUCCCGUCAGUGUCUUCAUGGACGCGUCACACCAUUGACAUCUCCUAGCGGCUCUUAUCAACCGUCCCGCUCGCCCGCCGCUUCACACGUACUCAGCAUUGCGCUAUCCGCGCUCCGGCGAACAGGCGCAAAAAUGGCGGGCCACGCGUGGCUCGACUCUCUUUCGGAGGACUGGGUCUCACAGCCCCCUUCUGAGGGCCCUUCGGUCAUCGACACACCAACUCCGAGCUCACGCGCCGAUUCGCGGAACGCUGGCACGCGGCCAUCUCGAGGCUCGCCCACGACGGGGUCACCUGGUCGAAACUCAGGCGGUCGCAUCCCCCGUAUGUGCGGCAACAAGAGGUUGCCCAGCGUGUCCUUCGCGAAUAGCAGCGGAGUUCUCAGCGAGCGCAGCAUAAACAACCACAACAUUCCUGAGUCGCAACGUGGCUCUCCAGCAAAAAUCGCGGCCAUCACUCCAACGCGCGCGUCGCGGGCUGGACAGCCCAGAAAGUACCUUAGUAGAAGAUCCGUGUCAGCAUCCUCGACAAGCUCUGUUAUUCAUAACACGGUUCGGCAGAAGAAGCCUUCGGGCUUGUCGCCUGGCAAAGGCAAGGAGGACACACCAGAGUGGAGGCGGCGGCUGAUCGACGGCGAGCUCGCCUAUGGUGAACAGCGUGACCUCUUUAGCUCUGCUGCCACCGGCCUUGAGAACAUCUUCAAGCCACUACCUCCCACACCGAAGCCCCCGGUCAUCGAGGAACAGGAGGACGAGGAGGAAGAGAGCGCUGACAGAUUGCCCGUGUUUGAUACCACGGUGCCUUCAAGUCCGCCGGUCUACCGGGACAACUCCACGGUUGAAAUACACGUGGAGGACCUUUCUGUCAGCCAGUUACUGCCAGGGGAAACAAGGAGACCGACUCCUCGUCCAACAGCGGACGACAGCGCAGACCACCGCCAGCAAGGCAGCCAAGCACAGAGGUUGCUCGAGGUCAGGCAUCAGGGCCAGCCUAGCGAGGUGCUCUCAGAGGGGGGAUUUCCAGAGGAGCGGGGCGAGUUUAGGAAAGUGAGCAAUGGUAGUGUUCUCCGCAACGAGUCUUUCAGCCCAAUAUUCAUCGCGAGACGGGGUGGCGAGGACGGUCAGCCAAGCUUUGCGCCUAUGGAGGUGCCACCCAUGGAGCUACGGAAGCGCCUCGACAAGCUGCGCCUGAACCAGAUGGUGGUUGCGGACCCGACUGCGAUCCCUGAAGAUCCCGAACUUACGGCUGGGGGCAAGUCUCUCGACCCGGAGGACACCGAGGAUUAUGAAAAAAUGGGCGGCUUCAUCAACACACGAAGGGGCGGUCGGUCGGCAGAAGGAUCGUUCCGUCACCGCAUGCUCAGUCCCGAGGCGAGCGGGCCCAGCACGUCUGAAAUGUUCCUGGAGGAGUCCCUGCAGGCUAGUACCCCGAAGCAGUUCCCAACCAUACGGACAGACCACUUUCCUAGCCGCACGCAUAGUCGCAACCUCAGCCAUGACGAUAGCCCGCAGAUCCCCCAGGCACCUAACCCAAGCCCCGAAAAAGCGGCUGUUGGCACGGUCCGGGCCGGGUCAGGAAGCCCCCUGAAGCUUUUUGGCCCUUACGACACCUUCACCAACCAGACCCUCAUGCGGCGGAUCAGCCAGUUCGAGGACCAGAUGACAGAUCUGUCACGGUCGGCAGCGGACCUGGAACUCGGCGACUCGAGGCAAUCCAUGCCGCACAAGGUAUCCUUGAAAGGAACUAGACAGCCAGGUGGGCGCGACUCGUCGGCUUUCUUUGGCGAGGGUGACCUUGAUGGGUAUGAGUUCACGGAGACUUUUGCCUACCGCUCACGAGACGCGUCGGCAUUUGGGCGCCAUCAAGAGCGCCGGGGCUCCAAACACAUGGUCCAGCUUGGCCGAAGCCUCAGUUCUUCGCCCCCAGCGCAGAGCGUGCUGUUUAUCAACCGGCAACGAACUAAACUGGUCGCUACACCCCUAUCAAGAUACUCCACCAGGCUUCAAGGCGAAGACUCGGACACGCCUGGCCAGCGCGAGAUGGGGUCCGACGGCAAGCGCCCAAGGAACUCUCCUAUCAAGGAUCCGACACCGAAGCGGCGACGGACCCUGCACAGGUCCGAUGUUUCGUAUGUUGAAUCUUCCCCGCCGGCAGUCGAGUCAGUCCAGUCGACGCACAGGACGAUGCAGUCAAUCAUGGGCAGAAAGAGGAAAAAUACUGUGGAUGGCAGCCCCAGGCGACCGGCCGGACUCGAAAUGUUAGCAAACCGACAGGUUUUGCGCCCUCGCUCGCCUACCCCCAGCCAGAGGUCGUCAGUGCGGCGGGAUCGCAAGCCUUUCGUUGAGGAGGUGGCAGACUACUCUGGAGUGGGAGACGAGGAGAGCGUCAUUGUUCAGAGGACUGAGUCGCGCCUAAACCUCAUGCGUCCUGGAGACGCAACUGAUGCGGACCGCAAACCUUCCAUCAAGACGGAGGACUUCCUCAACGAAGCCAACAAAAUCAUGGCCAUGAUCCGCAACGCAGGCCCUCGCAGUGGACUGACAAGCGUGGAGGAGUCGGACGAGGAGAACGGGCAGCGAGAAGACGGCGAAGACUCGUUCCAGGAGUCGACGAGAGAACCAUUUUCGAGACCUCCGAGCCGAGACGGGCCUCCCCUGCCAAGGGCCACGGUCAAGCAGGUGGACCCAGAGGUUCUGGCGCGGCUGCGCAAGUAUGAGGAGAAGAGCGACAUCGGCGACAUCAUCGGGUCCUCGGUGCGGUCGCUAGGGCUCGCUCAAGAUGUCAUUCGCACGCUGAAGGAGGCCGAGCAGCAGCUCCAGCACAGCGUUGCCCGGGGACCUGGGCGAUUGGAGCUGCACUCGGACGAGGUCAUCUCGGAUCCUCCCAACAUCCGGAUCAGCCGUAACCCCAGCUCUAAUCACGGCCAGGCCGGCGAUGGCUAUGCGACGCAGGGGUCGGUGUCAUCGUGGGGCUACUCUACUGGACGAUCGAUCCCGACGGGCUCUUCGCGCGGGUCUGACACCCGCAAGACGAUCGCGCCGCAGACCAUCUCGCACCUUAUCCCGGACCAGGUUGGAAACAUGGUCCUCGACCGUGAGCGCAACGUGUGGGUCAAGAACAAGACCCCACAGGCCGUCAAGCCCCAGCCUCGACCGGCAAACGCGCUGCCGUCGGACGCCUUGAGCGAGGAGGACCCUUUUGCCGACAUUCCCGACCUGAGCGUAGACAUGACGCUCGAGAUGCAGCGCAUCCGCAUCCAGAACGCUCUCGAGAGGUCCAGCCGCGAACGCAUCCCGCUGAGCGAGCAGCUCUCGUCGCCCGCGUCCGCCGUAAUGCCCAGGUCGGUCACGGCCGAGGUGUCAGACGAGUCGAGUACGCAACCCCCUGAAUCCAGCCCCGUGUCAGCGAAGCAGCUGGACCAGCAACUCACGACGCCGGGUCCAUCUGGCGGUAGACGGGCAAAGCAGGUGGCUGGUGAGGAGGCUGGGGGCGAUAUCGAGCAUGAAAUCGGGCUUGACGAGGGCCGUGGGGUGCGUGCUGGGUCGUCGUCCAAAAAGCGCAACCUCACCAUCACGUUCUCGUCGCCUGUGGCUUCGAUAAUCCAGGAUGUGAUUGCAGACGGCUCGACCAGUGAGGAGGGCGAUCUCCACGAGUGGUCGCUCGCAAGCGUCUGCAGAGACUCGCUGCAGCGGGGGCGGUACACGGCACCAGCCCCCACAGGUACUCCAGCUGGCAGGGGUCGUGGCAGGGUGGUCUCGCGCGGCCAAUCACAGGCCCCUGUCAAGCAGGUGUCACUGCGUCGUGGCAGCCAGGGUUUCGUUCCCCGCCCAGUGUCCCGGAUUGACGAACAGGACGAGCACAGCCGGUCCGACGCAGGGCUGCCCGAGAAUCACGUCGACGCCAACGGCGCCGCCCAAGAGGCGGUGGAGGGCGAGGAGCACGGACAGCCGCAGAACCAGCUUAGCAUUCUGCCUGACGACAGCAUCGUGCUCCACAGCAACCCGGCUGCCGGCCAGCACCGCCAGGCCAGCCUCAGCUUCGUGCUGCAUACUCCGGCGCGCCCCUAUGCCGCCUACCAGCCCGGCACCGCUGCUGUUCUCAAUCACUAUGUCGGCAACCUGUCACUGAGCCCCAUGUCCGACUUUACCGCGCACCAUGGCGAGCAGUCGGCCGUCCUCGAGGCCAGCUACGUCGUCGGCAACAAGCGCUACGUCACGGGCGACGGCCCUGCUCGCGUCCUGUCACAGAGCCUUGCCGACCUGGUCUCGUGCCUCUCCGAGUUCGAGCCCUUCGAGCCCUAUUGGGAGGACCUGACGGAGCUGGAGCUUGUCGACAAGAAGCUUUCCAGCCUUCACAAGCUCAGCGACUUCUGCGGGCAUAUCGUCCACCUCGACAUCACCAAGAACUCGAUCAGCAAUCUGAGCGGCGUCCCCGACUCGGUGCGCUUCCUUCAGGCUGCACACAACCAGCUGUCUGAUCUUACCGCCUGGGGCGCGCUGAUAAACCUCCAACACCUCGACGUCUCCAACAACGACCUUAGGACGGUCUCUGGGUUGAGCCAGCUGGUUCACCUGCGCGAGCUCAAAGCCGACAACUGCAACCUGGCCAGCCUGGACGGUCUCGGAUGCCACGAGGGCCUACAGAAGCUGCGCGCAAGGGGAAACCACAUCGAGGAGCUUGACUUUGAGCACUCCAAGAUGCGCAGCCUGACAGAGCUGGAUCUAGAAGGCAGCGGCAUCAGGAGGAUCACGCACAUUGAGCACCUCACGUCCCUCACCCUUCUGAAGCUCCAGAAGAACAAGCUCGACCAAUUCGAGAUCGCUAGCGGCAAGACGUUUCAAUCGUUGACGGACCUCCACAUCACCGACAACGAGGUCAUGACACUUGAUGUCAGCCCCCUGCCGAUGCUCAAAAGACUUUUCGCUGAUAGGAACCGGCUGCAUACGAUCACGGGCUUUACUAGAGCGUUCCGUCUCGAUACCCUGUCGCUCCGUGAACAGCGGGGAUCUCAGUCGCUGGACACGUCAUUCCUUGGAAGCGCGUGCGAGGUGCGCAAGCUGUUCCUCUCGGGCAACAUGCUCGGCACGUUUGAGCCGCCCAUCAGUUUCCUAAACCUGCAGGUGCUGGAGCUGGCCAACUGCGGCCUGAUGGAGCUGCCAGCAAGAUCGUCGGAGCUACUGCAGAACCUGCGCAAGCUCAAUGUCAACUUCAACGCCAUCUCGUCCCUUGGGUGCCUCGCAGACAUCCCCAGGCUCAAGAAGAUCUCGGCCGCAGGGAACCGGAUUCGUAACGUGGUUCGCACGCAAAAAGCCGUCAGCCGCAUGGUGAGCCUCAGGGAGCUAGACCUACGCGGCAACCCUACGACGAUAGGAUUCUAUGCUCCAGCCAACAACGCGCCAAACUCGAACCCCGAAGCACGCGAUGCUAAUGGCGAGGCUCUCGGUCCGUUCGCCAUGGCUCCUGCUGAUAUGGAGCUGGACUCGACGUACCGCAGCCGGCUCGACAUGCAGACCCUGAAGCAACGGCGUGUGUAUGAACUCAUGUGGAUAAGCAGCACUAAGGCUUUGCGAAUGCUUGACGGGUUGCCCCUGGAUCGCGGAGUGCUCCGGCUCAGGGACUCGGUUUGGAACACGCUCAUCGCGGAAAACUUCCUGACUCCGGACCUGCUUGCUCUGCUGGAGCGGCAAGCAGCGACGCAGCAAUCGCCGCCUUCGUCUCCUCGCAGGCGCGUGGACAUAUCCAGCUCGGCUUCGGUCACAGCCAGCAAUGGCAGCAGCAGGAGCCGCCAAACAACUACGACGACGGCUACGACGACGACUACGACGAACUCGACCCGCGAGAGUACGACGCGCGAGAGACGCAAGGCCGAGCUCUCGGCCACAAGAUCAGCGAGCAAAACAAGGGGCCCAGACAAGAUGGAAAACCGGCCGCUGUCACGAGCGUCCAGCCAGGGUCGGGACCAACCCCAGAGUGCCAGCUUCGGCCAGAACUCCAAGCGACGCAACGAUUCGAGCACUCUCAGCUCGGAAGGAUCGUCGACUAUCAAGCUUGACUCUUCACGGCUCGAGCGUACCAGGCCUCUAGCAGCUUCUGUUAGGACGGUCGAGGACGAAAAGGACAGCUACGUUCCUCGCAGCAUGCGCCGGGGCGAGCUAACAUGGAUGGCAGAGAAUAGCUUUGCAUGAUACGACAUACUGGUCUUUUUAUUUCUAUUCUUGCUGGUAUUCCCAUUUGAUUCUUUGUACCAACACCUGGGCGUUUUUUCCGUGUCUUUUUUUGAUUCGGUUUUUGAUACGACGGCUCUUUUUGGAGCUGGGCGCAUGGAAAAAGGGAUGUGGGGUAAUGACGGGGCCAACAAGGCAGGCGAGGCAGCCGCUGGGCGGGAUUUUGAAUUGCGUUAAAGCAUGCGAAGUAUGGUGUAUUGAAAUGUACGAUAUGGGGUAUGGCCAACACGCAUGUCAGAUCGGGGUGUGGUUGAAAAGAGCUUUUCAAACGAAUAAUGAGCAUCAAUCCAUUCAUCAAGGUUGUUCGAGG